AUGGCCGCUACACAGGAUCUUCCGAUGGAUCUACCCAUCGUUGACCUCGACGUCUUCCUCACAGAGCCGCGUGACUCACCCGCCGUCCGCGAGGAGUGUGUCAAGGCCGCCAACGCCCUCAUCACCUACGGCGCUCUCGUCCUCCACGACUCCCGCGUCUCCGAGUCCGACAACACCGCCUUCCUCGACCUCCUGGAGGACUACUUCGCUCAGCCUCAGGAGGAACUCAGAAAGGACGAGCGCCCUGAGCUGAGCUACCAGAUCGGCGUCACCCUCGAGAACACCGAGAAGCCCAAGUGCGCCGUCGACGAGCCUUGUCUGAAAGUCAUCGAGCGCCUGGCCCCCUCCGAGCGUCCCCUCGACAUUGGAGCCCACGAGCCCGACCCGAAAUGCCGCUUCUUCUGGAGCAUGGCCGAGAAGCCGCCCUACGACACCCGGUUCCCCGGCUUGAACGCCCCCAACGUCGUCCCCGAGGCCCCUCACAUCCGCGAGCGCUGGCCCGCCGCCAUGAACAAGUGGGGUUCAUCGAUGAAGCAGGCCGUUACUGGCCUGGCAGAGAUGGCUGCCGUUGGCUUGGAUUUACCCGCCGACACCUUCACUGAGGCCGGCAAGUACGGACCUCACCUGCUCGCGCCCACGGCGUCGGAUCUCGUCAAGUACGGCAAGCAGGACACCAUCCUCGCGGGUUUCCACACCGACCUCAACUGCCUGACGAUCCACGGUCGCUCGCGGUACCCCGGCCUGCACAUCUGGGCGCGUAACACGGGAAGGAAGAUUGCCGUCAAGAUCCCUGAGGGCAACUACCUGCUGGUGCAGGCCGGCAAGCAGAUGGAGCACAUCACCGGCGGACUCAUCAAGGCGGGAUACCACGAGGUCGUGGUGAACGAGAAGACGUUGGACGUCAUCGAGCGCCGCAAGGCCGAGUUCCCCGACCGCCCGCUCGUCCGCAUCUCGUCGACGUGCUUCUGGCAUCUGUCGUCCGACUUUGACCUUGCUCCCAUCCCCCAGCUUUCGGAGCGCGCGAAGCAGGUCAGGGCGGAGCAGUUCAACCUCGGCAGGGACGAGGGCGAGGAGGUCAAGUAUGCGCCUAUGAAGGUCGGAGAGCAAGUGCAAGAAGAACUGAAGCACAUUGCUCUGAUGGCAUAA